AUGCUCAAGAGGCUCGGGGGCUUGGGCUUGAGCAGGGGAGGAGUUUUGGCCCGCGCGGCCGGGGCGUGGCUUACCCUUCCGAGCACCGCUAUCGCACAGACGAUCGCGCGCACGCCGGGCAUCUCCUGGGUCCUUAUCGAUGCUGAGCACGGGCUGAUCACGGACCACCACUUCUACGACCUGAACAACGCCGUCGCCGCGAGCGGGGCGUCGCCGCUGAUCCGCAUCCCCGCGGACGAGCCGUGGAUGAUCAAGCGCGCAUUGGACUCUGGGGCGCACGGCAUCAUGGUCCCCAUGGCCAACACGCCAGAGCUCGUGCGAAAGGUCGUCGCGGCGUGCAAGUACCCGCCCGUCGGGAUCCGCGGGUACGGCCCGAUGUUCACUCACGCCGCCGGCGCGCUGAACGCGGCCUACAAAGACGCCGCGAACGACGCGGUCCUCGUGACCGUGCAGAUCGAGCACCCCGACGCCGUCGCGCAGAUCGCCGCCAUCGUGCGCGAGGGCAUCGACGCGACCUUCAUCGGCCCGUUCGACCUCGCGGUGAGCAUGGGCGCCGAGUUCGGCGGGGCCGCGCACGAGGCCGCGAUCGCGCGCAUCCUGGAGGAGACGCACCGGGCGGGCAAGGUCGCGGGCAUCUUCUGCCUAACGGGGGAACAGGCCGAGCGGCGGUUCGCGCAGGGCUUCGACAUGGUCAGCGUCGCGACGGACAUCGACACGCUCGCGGACGGGUUCGGCGCGGCGCUCAGUAAAGUUUCUGGUGUGCAAUGA